AUGUCUACAAAUUUAGCGUCGCCGCCAUUUUAUCGUUCAUCACAUACUCCAGCCUUUACACGUCGAAAAUGGUUUAUCGAUUUACAUAUGCGAAAAAAUGAACGUUUAGCAUCUACGACAUCCUCUUCUUUAGUUUCAGCUUCAUCUUCGUCGUAUAACUCUGAUUAUUCUUUACCUGUUGGCUAUAGUGAUCAACGUAUAGCAGAUGUUCCAACUCAAGAUGAAGAUGAACGUUUGUUCGCUAAACGUUCGUGGGAUAUAGCACUUCAACCAGUCAAACAAUUACCAAUGAAUUUAAUCUUUGCUUGGAUGGCUGGAAAUUUAACUCAUUUAGCACUUGCACUUUAUAAAUGUCAAUCAAUGGGAUUAUUACCAACAUAUGCAUCAGACUGGAUUGCAUUUGCCGAAGCACAAUUAAAUGUAGAAACGACAUUUGGAGGAUUAGCAUAUUAA